AUGGCGACUACUGAUCAUCGUAAACAUACUCCAGUUCCAUUACUACUCGAAGCAUUUCCUAUACCACCAUCACAUAUACCACCAUCACCUAAUCCACCACCAUCACUACCGCCAGCUGCACCACUACCACCAGUCCCAGGUCCAUCUCCUGACGCAAUCCUUUUCCUUCGUCGACUAUCCUCUUCUAGUUCAGAUCAUUCACACCGAACUAGAACUAGAAACGGAAGUUUAUCAAGCUUACGCUCAUUCCAACGGAAACCUUCUUACGAUCUAACCCAUAAUACAAUAUCAGAAGAAGGUCCCCCGUCAGAACUAGAGAGACCUCGCUCAACAAGUCCAGACGUUCCAGCUAUCAUACAAGCAACAUCACGCUCACGUUCGCGCCCUCGUAAACGUAGAUCAUCACACCUACCCAAUCCUCACGACUUCGAACCCGACCAAGAAGAUCCUCACGACUCGGAUUCAAGCAUCGAUCUACACACCCCUUUGCCCCAUCUCAUGCUCAGACACGGCCUCCUCUCUCCCCACUCAAAACUCCUCCCAUCAUCACCUCUACCUCAAGCUCGUCUCUCCAUAGCCUCAUCAAAAUCUCAAACUUCCUUCCAGUCCUCCUUCUCAGACGUCUCAUUACUCACCAAUAAUUCCACUGGAAGCAAACAUCCAAAAGAUUCAAGAGACACCCCUAGCAGACGCGUCAGGCAUCGUGAUGGAAGGUUGUUGAGAGGAGGCAUCGGCCUUACAACUGGUUUGGGUUGGAGUGAUAGCGAAGACGAAGACGCCCCCUCCCCACUCACGCGUCGUCUCUCAGCCCUCGACCUCUCCCGACGCUCAUCCGCCACUUCCAUAUCCACGUCCCAAUCUUACUCCUCCCUCCGCUCGCCACACCCCCUCUCACGCAGCAUAUCCCAUUCUAUCCUUCGCGAAGAGAAUGAAGAAGAUGUGGACGAAUUCGGCCGUGUCGUCCGAGUACGCGACUCCCCGCCCACAGAUUACGAGCCUGACGAGCAAUUCUCCAAAAGCCUCCCACUCAACAGAAGCAGCAGUAAAAAAAAACCUCUCACCUUCCGCUCAAAAUCCCGCCCUCACAAACCCAAAGACGACAAUGCCCGAGUUCCAACCUCACUUGAAGACGGGAUAACCCCCACCCGUGCAGACUUUCGCAACAGCUCAGGGUCGAGUUCCAGUGGACUCGGGACGGGUACGGGUGGUGGGAUUGGUAAUGGUUCAAGCACCGCUUCUACUUCGUCCCUGUCCCUUCCCUUCCCUGCGACGCCCCAGAGCCCCGUAGCGUUUCCGGAGACGAGUUCUCACAUCUCUUUAGGCAUGGGUUCGAGUCAUCCAAUACACCCGAUAUCUCAUUCGUUAACCCCAUCAUUGAGCAACACCGACAAGUCGCUCCCUCCGCUCCCUUUGACCCCGAAGAAAUACCCGCCUUCGCUUUCGAGGUUGAGGACGUAUUCGAGCACGUCGAGUGUUGGGUCUCUGGAGUUGAGUGGGGGGCUUAGGGUUAAUGUUAAUGAUGGUGAGGCCGGGACGGGAACACCAAAGCCUUCGUUGGGCGGUGUGCCGAGGCCUUCGUUGGGCGGUGUACCCCGAUCGUCUUUGGGUGGUGUUCCGAGGCCUUCGUUGGGUGCGCCCCGACCGUCUUUGGGCGGUGUACCGAGGCUCUCGUUGGGUGGUUCGCGCCGACCGUCCUUGUGCGGUGUGCCUCGCCCGUCAUCAAGUACCCCCCGGCCCUCGAUGAGCCACAAUCCAUCUGCAUUCAACAGCUCGUUCUCGACGCCUAAUCCAUCUCGGUUUACGGGGCAGAGCGGCUGCAGUGGGGGUGUAUCCUAUGUGCCACACGUGAAUACAAUCACACGGGACAGCAGCUUCGCGAACCCAAGGGACGGCGCCUUCGCGAACCCCAGAGAUAUCAGCACCAUCACUAUCCCAAGCAUCUCAAACCCACGAGAAAGCGGCACUCAAAGCCCCCUUACGCGCAGCCUCGCGCUCCUUCAACCAGGCGAACAGCCCUUACGGCCGGGGGGAGUACUGACGUAUAAUCGGAACGUGCAUGAUCAGCUCAAGCGCACGCAGUCGCAGCCACAGUCUCCUUUGAUGCAGUCGCACACGCCGAUUCUGCCUUUGUCACCUAUGAUGCGGACGCUUGUGAUGCCUUGUUCUUCGGGGAGUGUUGGGAGUAUAGUGGGGAUAGGGAAUGGGGAUAGGCCAAAGUCACGGACAGGAACGGGGAUGGCGUAUCGCUCAUCUUCGAGUCCUGCGGGGAGUAGGAUGAGGGUCCCGAGUACUGUCAGGCCUAGUGGGAUUGGUGUUGCGUUGUGA